CCUCAACAUACCGACACCAACACCGACACCGACACCGACAUCUCAUAUCCGUGGUGGACGGCAGGCAACACCACAGCUCGCUGCACUCGCGCCGCCCAAUGUCCCCGACGUCCGCCCUCGCGCUGCUGCAGCUCCGCUCCGCCUCCUCCUCCACGUCCUCCUCCUGCCCGUCCCUCCUCGUCCUCGCCGUAGACCGGCGGCCGAUCAUGGACCGCAUCUGAAACCAAACCAGGAGCCGCACAACGCACCCGCGCAAGCGCGACAGCCCAACGACCCGGACGUCGUCACUCACUCCCUCCAUUCUCUCGUUGCCGCCCGCGCGGCUGGGCGGAAAACGUCCCCCAUUGCAGGCGCUUCUUUCUCUUUUCUCUCUCCAUCUCUGUCCGUGUAUCCCUCCGAGAAUGGCGGCCACCGUCGCAAAUUCGUCGCAGGCGCAGCUCGGCGUCUAUAGCCGUGAAGGCGGCGGCGGCGGCGAGGGCAGCGAAAGCAAGGCGCAGCCCUCGUCGCCAUCGGCCGUUGUCGAGCCGCUCCCGCCCGCGCCGACGUUCAAACCCAGCGAUUUCUCCCUCGUGCGGACGCUGGGCACGGGCACCUUUGCCCGCGUAUGCCUCGUCCGACCCGCGACGUCGGCAGACCACGAUGAGCGGCAGCAACAUCACCAGCACCAGCACCAGCAAGACGGCGACGCGCAACACCAACAACAACAAGAAGUGUACGCCCUCAAGAUCCUGCGCAAGACCGACGUCAUCAAGCUCAAGCAGGUCGACCACGUCCGGCACGAGCGCGCCAUCCUCGCCGACGUGGCCGGCCACCCCUUCAUCACCAACCUGCUCGCCUCCUUCGCCGACCGCGACUCGCUCUACAUGCUGCUCGACUACGUCCCCGGCGGCGAGCUCUUCAGCUACCUGCGCCGCCUGCGCCGCUUCGACGAGCCCGUCGCCCGCUUCUACGCCGCCGAGAUCGUCCUCGUCCUCGAGUACCUGCACGAGCACCAGGGCGGCGUCGCCUACCGCGACCUCAAGCCCGAGAACCUCCUGCUCGACCGCGACGGCCACAUCAAGCUCGUCGACUUUGGCUUCGCCAAGCGCCUCGGCUACAAGGACGACAACCGCCCCGUCGAGACCUACACCCUCUGCGGCACCCCCGAGUACCUCGCCCCCGAGGUCAUCCACAACAAGGGCCACACCACCGCCGUCGACUGGUGGGCCCUCGGCAUCCUCAUGUACGAGUUCCUCACGGGCUAUCCGCCCUUUUGGCACCAGAACCCCAUUGAGAUUUAUAAGCAAAUCGUCGAGAAGCCCGUCAUCUUCCCCCAGGAGCCCCCCAUCUCUCCCGACGCAAAGGACCUCAUCCGCUCCUUUUGCACCACGGACCGCUCCCGCCGCCUCGGCAACAUCUCCGGCGGCGCCGCCCGCGUCAAAGCCCACCCGUGGUUCGCCGACGUCGACUGGGACGGCCUGCUCGCCCGCCGCGGCCAGGGCCCCAUCAUCCCCCCGGUGCGCUAUCCCGGCGACGCCCAGUGCUUCGACACGUACCCCGAGGACGACGGCCGCCGCGCCCAGUACACGGAUGACAUGGCGCAACGGUACGACCACUACUUUGAGGACUUUUGAGAGGCACCUGGGUGUCUCGUCGUGGGGAGAGGGUGGGGAGAAGGCCGGCCGCUGGGUCGGCCUACGUUUUCUAAAAUGUGACUGAGAGCCAUCUACGUGCCUUGCGACGCCGUGUUGGGGCUCUUUUUCCAUAUACGUUUUUCCACAUCUCGUCUCACGCCAUCUGCCCUCCUGCUGAUGCGGGGCUAUUCACCAUGGCCUUCACACACACUCGCACUCACACUAUCACACACUAUCACACUCACACUCACAUUCACACUGGAACAUACAAAUUCAUACGUUAUCCCCAAGGCGCGGCGGGCGUUUCGGGUGCCGAGGGAGGGGCCGCCUGUCAAAGCCCGGCAUGCUCAUCUACUCCCCCCACCCGAUACCAGCCCGCCCGCUGAGAGGUUAUUGGGCCGCGGGACUUGGAGCGUCGGAGGCCGAACCACCUCACUCGCUCCAAUUCCGUUGGCCAGCCAUCUUGGGUUACCCACCCUAUGGGACGUUGGUAUAAUGACAAUACCCCCCCGGGG